AUGUCUUGGAAAAUUCGUUGGGAAGAUCUUAAUGGAAAUGAAUUGAAGAAGGAAAAGAAGAAGUGCAGAUGCUUACGACGAUUGCAUGGAUUCAGCUUUGAAUCUGAAGCACUCCUAGGAAUUAACAAUCAUGCAUCCGUCUACAAUGAAAAAAAUUUGACAUCCAUCUCUUCGCUUCAAUUUCUUCAUUUGGAUGAAAACGAGGCAAAUUUCAGCCUUGGACGCUUUCGAUUGGAAAGUUGUAGCUCAGCACUUAUUUUCAUUCGUGAACGUUCUAAUUUGCACAACUCACUCGUAUAUAUUGUUUAGUC